GGCGGGCCUUUCUGGAAGGUUCUGAGACAGGGUAUAAGAGAUAGGGUGGCGGGCGGAAACCGGUCUCAUUGAACGGGCGGCAGGGCUGCGGACUGUGAUUGUUUUGUCAACUAGCCGGGACCUGCUCUGAGCAAUCAUGUCUAAGGGACCUGCAGUUGGCAUUGAUCUUGGCACAACCUACUCCUGUGUGGGUGUCUUCCAGCACGGGAAAGUGGAGAUAAUUGCAAAUGAUCAGGGCAACCGAACCACCCCAAGCUAUGUUGCUUUUACUGAUACCGAACGAUUGAUUGGUGAUGCCGCAAAGAAUCAAGUUGCAAUGAAUCCCACCAACACAGUUUUUGAUGCCAAACGUCUGAUUGGACGAAGGUUUGAUGAUGCUGUUGUCCAGUCUGAUAUGAAGCAUUGGCCCUUUGUGGUGGUGAAUGAUGCAGGCAGGCCCAAGGUCCAAGUGGAAUACAAGGGAGAGACCAAAAGUUUUUAUCCAGAGGAAGUGUCAUCUAUGGUUUUGACAAAGAUGAAGGAAAUUGCAGAAGCCUACCUUGGAAAGACUGUUACCAAUGCCGUGGUCACUGUACCGGCCUACUUUAACGACUCUCAGCGUCAGGCUACCAAAGAUGCUGGAACCAUUGCUGGCCUCAAUGUGCUGAGAAUCAUCAAUGAGCCAACUGCUGCUGCUAUUGCUUAUGGUUUAGACAAAAAGGUUGGUGCUGAAAGAAAUGUGCUGAUCUUUGAUUUGGGAGGUGGCACUUUUGAUGUGUCAAUCCUCACUAUUGAAGAUGGAAUCUUUGAGGUCAAAUCUACAGCUGGAGACACCCACUUAGGUGGAGAAGACUUUGACAACAGAAUGGUGAACCAUUUUAUUGCUGAAUUCAAACGCAAGCAUAAGAAGGACAUCAGCGAGAACAAGAGGGCUGUUCGUCGCCUCCGCACUGCUUGUGAACGUGCAAAGCGCACUCUAUCUUCCAGCACCCAGGCCAGUAUUGAGAUUGAUUCUCUUUAUGAAGGAAUCGACUUCUAUACCUCUAUUACCCGUGCCCGGUUUGAAGAAUUGAAUGCUGACCUAUUCCGUGGCACCCUGGACCCUGUGGAGAAAGCCCUUAGGGAUGCCAAGCUAGACAAGUCACAGAUCCAUGACAUUGUCCUGGUGGGUGGUUCUACUCGUAUUCCCAAGAUUCAGAAACUCCUUCAGGAUUUCUUCAAUGGAAAAGAACUGAACAAGAGCAUCAAUCCUGAUGAGGCUGUUGCUUACGGUGCAGCUGUCCAGGCAGCCAUCUUAUCUGGAGACAAAUCUGAAAAUGUUCAAGAUUUGUUGCUUUUGGAUGUCACUCCUCUUUCCCUUGGUAUCGAAACUGCUGGUGGAGUCAUGACUGUCCUCAUCAAGCGCAAUACUACCAUUCCUACAAAGCAGACACAGACCUUCACGACCUACUCUGACAACCAGCCUGGCGUGCUCAUUCAGGUUUAUGAAGGCGAACGUGCCAUGACCAAAGACAACAACCUGCUUGGCAAGUUUGAACUCACUGGCAUACCUCCUGCCCCCCGUGGUGUUCCUCAGAUUGAGGUCACUUUUGAUAUUGAUGCCAACGGUAUUCUUAAUGUUUCUGCUGUGGAUAAGAGUACUGGAAAAGAGAACAAGAUUACCAUAACUAAUGACAAGGGCCGUUUGAGUAAAGAAGACAUUGAGCGGAUGGUCCAGGAAGCUGAGAAGUACAAAGCUGAGGAUGAGAAACAGAGGGACAAGGUGUCUUCUAAGAAUUCACUUGAAUCCUACGCUUUCAACAUGAAGGCAACAGUGGAAGAUGAAAAACUUCAAGGCAAGAUCAGUGAUGAGGACAAGCAGAAGAUUCUAGACAAGUGCAAUGAAAUAAUCAACUGGCUUGACAAGAACCAGACGGCAGAGAAGGAAGAAUUUGAACAUCAGCAGAAAGAGCUGGAGAAAGUCUGCAACCCCAUCAUUACCAAGUUGUACCAGAGUGCUGGAGGGAUGCCUGGAGGCAUGCCUGGAGGAAUGCCUGGGGGCUUCCCUGGUGGUGGAGCUCCUCCAUCCGGUGGUGCCUCUUCUGGACCCACCAUUGAGGAAGUUGAUUAGGCUGAUCUCUGAGCGGAGAUACUUGAGCAUUGUUCCACAGUAAAAAAGAAUUGAAGGGCCCAAAUUUGUAGUACAUACAGUGGCAGUUUUAAACAUUGUACUGCUAUGCUAAGUUUCUGGGUAUUCUCAAUACUUGAAUAUGGGAUAUGCUUAGGGGAAAGGAAGUCAACACUGCACUUUAUUAGCACUGUAUUGUAAGUGGAAAAUGCAAUGUCUUAAAUAAAACUGUAUUUAAAAUUGG